CCAUUUUCCCGGAGCACAAGACUGACGAUGACGUUACUAAAAUGGCGCCAGUACGGAUGAAACAGGAAGCUCUGGGAAAAUACCGCGAUAUCUUCUGAAUUGGGAGAUGUAUGGCGAUGUCGCCAUUUUAGCGAUUGGCAUACGGAACAGCUGUGAUUAGAGACUUCAGCUUCAGUACCUACUGACGUCGCAAGGUGCCUAUUUACUGCAAAGGCUUCGGGAGUAGAAAGCGCAAUGGCGGAAUACGAAGGCGCUCAGAAGGGAGCGUUAAAGCUGAAAGGGAUAGACGAUCUCAGCCUGGGAAAGAAGUAAGAGUAUAGGGAAAGGAUAUGGGGCGGAUAGUGUUCUCUGUGCUUGUUAUACUUGAACGCGUAGUAAGUGUGCCACCUAGGAGUACUUUUUGCCCAGCGCAGCAGCAUCACCUACCGCACAGCCUGCGAUAUUUCAUUUCCGGCUCUAUUUACCGCCUUCCUGAUCAAAACAGCUGUGUGCCAUGGUUAGUUCGGACCACGGGCUACACUAACCUAAGAAAAAAGAAGGCUAAAGAUAAAAAUAAGAUGCAACAAAUGUUGAGUAAUACAAAAAAUGAGGAAAAGAAGAAACCAUCUUUAGAUAAAAGGACACCAGCUCAGCUUGCCUUUGAAAAGAUGCAAGAGAAAAGACAAAUGGAACGAAUCCUCCAGAAAGCAUCAAAAACACACAAACAAAGAGUAGAGGACUUUAAUCGACAUCUGGAUGCAUUAACAGAACAUUAUGACAUUCCUAAAGUCAGCUGGACCAAAUAACAAUUCCUGUCACUUAUAUCUGUUUAUAAGAACAUGACAACACUAUGCGUCUGCGCUUUUUCUUUUUUCUAAAGGACGUCACACUUAUUUUUCUUUCUUUGUUUUAACCAUUGUUAAUAAAUUGUGAUUGGUACUGGACAAAUGUGUUUCUAAGAAGCAAACGCAAGUGAUAUUCAGGUGUGGUAUGGAAGGUAGCUAGAUAGUAACUAGGUCGACCACUAUUGGUAACAGGGUCUUUAGGUCGACAUGGUUUAGGUCAAAAGGUCAACAUGAGUUUUUACUGUGCUUUUUUGUGUCGUUUUCUCCGUAGAGUGACCGGGAACCCCAAUUAGUGCAUCUUGUUCGCUCACCAUGCUUUGGACAAGGUGCCUCGCUUCGCUUGGCACAGAUUACCAUUCCAAUCGUAGUACACGUGGAUCGUUAAGUAUGAAAAGGUUAAAAAAAGAAGAAAAAAUCGGGAAAAACUCAUGUCGAACUUUUGACAUGUCGACCUAGAGACCCUGUCGACCUGGUUACUGUCAACCUAGAGACCGGAUCCCUGAUAUUCGUGCCUUCCCACACUGUUGUACUGAUGGUUAUGCAUUAACCUGUUAACAUUAUAUAGGUCCUGAUACAUAGUUGUACAGUAUUGCAGAGUCGCUGUGUCUUUGUAUAUAAAGGAGAUAUGAGGGCCGUGCCCGAAGACGCAGCAUCUGACCACCUGGUCGCAGUCAUCGGCCAUAUAAGUAAACUUUCUCUAGCUGGCCCCCGAAACUCGUCUGCCGGAGCUAGGAAAUCUACAUUAAUGCAUGCCAGGAAGGACAACUUCUGCAGUGUUGGCUGGCUUAACAAUUUGUUGCAAUCUCUUCGAUUCAAUAUUCCAUUUAUUUCAAUUAAAUACAGUUUAGAGUGUAA